AUGGGAUGUGCCGAAUCCAAAGAUGACAAGUUCGAAAAGUUGCACGGUGAAAACAAGCCCAGCUACAUUGCCAUGGCCUUGUUGAAUGUAAGUUCGUGUUAUGGUAUCACACAUUAUGUUCGAUCUUGCCAGGAUUAUGGCUAAUGAUGAAUCUCAGGAUGACUAAAGUUAUCUGAGGCUAAGGCUAAAACUAAGGCUAAGGCUAAGGCUAAGGCUAAGACUAAGGCUAAGGCUAAGGCUAAGGCUAAGGCUAAGGCUAAGGCUAAGGCUAAGACUAAGGCUAAAACUAAGGCUAAGACUAAGGCUAAAACUAAGGCUAAGGCUAAGACUAAGGCUAAAACUAAGGCUAAGGCUAAGGCUAAGGCUAAAACUAAGGCUAAGGCUAAAACUAAGGCUAAGGCUAAGACUAAGGCUAAGGCUAAGGCUAAGGCUAAGACUAAGGCUAAAACUAAGGCUAAGGCUAAGGCUAAGACUAAGGCUAAAACUAAGGCUAAGGCUAAGGCUAAGACUAAGGCUAAGGCUAAAACUAAGGCUAAGACUAAGGCUAAGGCUAAAGAUAAGGAACCAUAA